AUGUCUUGGAUAGAUAUUUUCUACCCGGAUAAUGCAAGGAAAAGAGAGGAAUGCAUUGCCAAUAUCAGAAAAUUGAAAGAUUUGGUUGAAAAUAAUUUCUAGGCAACGAAUAAGUUGAUCGAAGUAUUGAACAUACACCUUAGGGAGACGCAUAUUGAGGAGGCGACCAGAGAUAAUGAUGCCACCUUAAAGAAAAACUGUGACGUCUUACAGAAAAAAGUAAGAGAGAUCCAUGAUGUUUUAGAAGAAAAGUACGCCCAGAUCAAGGAUCUACUCGACCCUGAGACCUUAAAGAUUUUAGAUGAUCCUAAACUUGGCAUUGACGAACGAUUCCAGGCAGUGCUGGCGACUGUUUCUGAUAGCUUUAUUGGAGUUGUCGGUAGCGGUGUGGGCGUGGCCACGGUUUAUUGUAUCAGGACAGGGAUGAUAGGGAUGAUACUGGUCUGGCCAUCCUUGGAUUAUGGCAUAAACAUGAUUUUCAGCGCCAUAUACGGGGCUAUUGAACGUGACAAGUUGGAGGCAGCCCUAGACGAACUUCACAGAGAGUUGCGCGUGUACAAACCUGCUUCGGAGAAGUUCAUUGACACCAUCUACCUGAUUCGAGUACAGAUAGAGAAAAUGCAGUACUAG